AUGGCUUCGCUGUUCAGCUCGAGUGAUAAUAUCAUCGAAAAUGACGCCAGUUCGACCGGUACCGACGAUCGGAUUGCGCUGGAAGACAUCUGGAAUGAGCACCAGCUCGAGCGCUGUGUGCGGUGGCUGGCGGAUAAGAAACUUGAACGGGUUGCCCUACAGCUGCCGGAUGCCGCCCUGUGCCACAGCGUACGAAUAGUGAAUGAUUUGCAAACCCUAGCGAACGGACCGGUGCGACUGUUCGUGCUCGGCGACACGUCGUAUGGUAGCUGCUGUGUGGACGAGAUUGCCGCCUCACAUGCGAACGCCGACGGGAUAAUACACUUCGGACACGCGUGCCUCAGCAAAGCGGUGCGUCUCCCGACGUUAUACGUAUUCUACCAACGGUCGGUUUCCGGAGAACGGCUGCUGUUGGAAUUGCAGACAGUUUUUGAGCAUCAGCCCGCCCGGUUCACGUGUUUUUACGACGUCUCAUACCAGCACGCUGUGAUGGGGCUGAAGCGACGGAUUGUGGAUCACUUUCCGAACGCAACCGUGGGCACGUUGGCCGAGUCCGACGAGAAACCGGAUGUGCUGUGUUGGAAGUUGCACGAUGCGCACACCACCGCCUGCCCGGCAGUGUACGUCGGGCAUGACAAUUUGAGCUUCUUCAACACGUGUGUUGCGAUCGGUGCCAGUCAGUGGUACCUGUACGACGCGUCGGCCACGGAACCAGUGCUUCGUAAAGUACAAAAUGCCGAAGGGGCCUGGCUGCGACGCCGGAGUUACGCCGUUGAGCGGUGCAAGGAUGCGACUACGCUCGGCAUCGUUGUGGGCACACUGUCGAUUGCCGGCUACUUGGACGUCGUACAGCGUCUGCAACGUCUGGCCAAGGCACGCGGUGUUCGUACGUACAUUAUAUCCGUAGGGAAAGUUAACGUGGCCAAGCUCGCCAACUUCGGCGAUCUCGACUGCUUUGUGCUGAUCGGUUGUCCGGAGAACGAUACGUUCGCAUCGAGAGAUUUCUACCGGCCGCUGCUCUCGGUGUACGAAGCCGAAAUAGCGCUUAACUCUGCCUGGCAGUGUCCACCGAGCGUAAAUUACACGACAAACUUUAGCGACCUGCUGCCGAACGGUCGACUUCACCGCGCAGAGGGACCGCUUUCUCAGGAGCCAGAUGUCAGUCUAAUCACCGGUAAAAUAAGGAACGUGCUACGUAAAGAGGAUGACUCAUCAGGGGACGGCAGCACAUCUCUUGAAAUAGUACGAAAAGGGAAAAACGAGGUGGCACAAGUCAGUUCGGCCGAUGUGUUCGCUGGGCGUUCCUGGCAAGGGUUAGAGCAACGUUUGGGGCAAGACACCCCGGCACUAAUUGAACCGGGCCGUUCUGGGCUUCCCAUUAAGUACCACGAUGUACCAUAGAUGAUGUGAAUUCAGGACAGUGCGAAGAAAGGAACAUUUUCUUCUUGCACUAUUCCUUCCUCUUAUACUUAUACGAAAACAAUAGAAUGCUAAUAUAU